AUGACUUCCUCAUCACCAAACCACUUCGAUCUCUCCGAUCCAACGACUAUCUACCACCUCUCCCAAACCAGCAAGACCGAUACGAGAAACCCACGCCACGCAGCUCUGGCCUCGCAAUUCCCUGAACAAUUCUUCGGCAAGAAUGUCGCUGCUUCCAAGGCCACCUCGCCAUCUGCUUCUUCCCAGCAAACCACACCGACCAAGACAACAAAAGCACCAUCGCCACGACCAACCACCAAACCUCGUUCCUCCUCAACCUCUUCCUCCGACAUUGACAUUUUCGAGAGUUUGGUCCACGGCUAUCUCUCUCACCCUCGUAAACCCACAAACCCCACCACGAUCACGGAAAAGGAAAUCAAACCCACCUUCCACCAAACCCGCAGAUCUUCCAUCUCCAGUCAAGCGACCACAGCAACCUCCUCUAGUAUCUCCAGUACGGCAUCCACACUUGCCGCCUCCAAACAGCACCACCCAAAUUCUGCAAGAACCGACAACAGAAAAAGUGGCGAGAUUGAUAUAUUCGAAUAUCAAGCGGCUGGUUACCUCUCCAUGCCUAUGAACGAUUCUUCUCAACCUUACCUCCGUAAACCCUCUGCCUCUGCCUCUUCUUCUUCUUCCCGCCGCACCUCUUCCUCUGCUUCUUCAACCUCAUCGUUGUGGACAAAGGCGAAAGGCAAAUUGUCGAGAAAGGGCAGUGCUGGGAGUGGAAGUGAGACGGAAAAGGAAAAGGAGGAGAAGAAACAGAGGAGGGAGAGGCAGUAUAAAGAAUUGGGAUUGGAAGAAAAGACGAAAUUUGGACAGAAGGGGGGGAUGAAUGUGGUUGGUUGA